AUGGGGAAGACGCCACGGCCAAGUGUGAGUGGAGAUCCAGCCUCUGGUCCUGAGUGUCGCCCUGUCCUGCGUGGCCUGGCUCUGUCUCGGGCUGAGGACCUCAGAGCCGAGCUGUUGAGAGCAGAACACCUGAAAGCUGAGGCGGUAUCAGAGGAGAACUGUGAUGGGUCCAGAAAAGUGGAUGGACGGCCGAGGCUGUUCCUGCGUCGCUUCUUUUCCUCUAUCGGUCUGAACAGUGUUGGCAGACUUGUUAAAGGAGGUCGCUCCAGCAGCAUGGAGCAGCUCAGUUUACCCGCUGCCCCUCGGGCCAGCUCUGCUUCCCCAAGCCCCACCCGCAGAAAACCUCCUUCCAGCCGCAUACAGAGGACACCCUCACUGCAAACCCUGCACCCAGUGCUGCCACUGGCCCAAUUGCGUAAAGCCUCAUCUGUGCAGAGCUUGGAAAGAAGAACAGAACGUUCAACAAUACUGGGAGAGGUGCAGAUACCAUAUGGCCUGGCGCCCAGCCCAGACAGCCCUCAGAUUGAGCUUCACAGAGCCCUGAGUGUUGAGGAUGUACUUACCUCCAGAGUGGUGCGUCCAGUUGGCCGGGUCACCCAGGCAUUCUCUGAUGGGACCCUCCUCCUUGAGCUAGUCAGACCCCCAAAUGGGCCAUUUGGUUUUGUCAUUUCAAGAGGCAAAGGUCGACCAGACACAGGCGUUUAUGUGGAGAAAGUGGGGGACGGUAGUGGGGAGGGUCCCUACAUCGGUCUCCUCAGCAUUGGUGAUGAAAUUCUGCAGGUGAAUGGAGAGGUGGUGGCUGGCCUUAGUCUGGACCAGGUGACACGACUCAUGACUCGGGAGAGCACAGCUUCUAUUCGGAUCAUGCCGGCCCGACGCAUUCAGCGCUGACUGGGAGGAGAGACAUGACUCUGACCCAUGGAUAGAAUAUUCACUACUGCAAACCCUGUGGCAGAUUUGAGUCAGUGUUGUACUGCAGUUUCAUGUUUUUAAUACCAGCAUAGGACAUCAGGCUUAUGAGUUAAAAUUAUUUUUGUGCAAAUCCAUGUUAAACAACAUGGCAUGGAUUACAAAUAAAUUAACAGACAGGCUAGUUAGAAUGUGUAUUUUACAAUAGAUAUUGCUAUUUUAGUGAUUCAAAGACAAUCUGAUUCCAGUCCAGCAUGGCUUGUUUCUAUGAAUAAUUUUGGAUCACGUUUGAAUGAAUAGAUUAAAUAUAGUUUCAUAAAUAAUGUAGCUGAAUUUGACUUUAUAUUUGAGUUCUUUUGAAACUCUCCCUUUAUAAGGGUUGUGGAUUUUAUUUAGGCGUUAGUAAUCCAUCAGAACACUUUAAGUGUAAUAGUGUAACAGCGUGUUUGCUUAGUGAAGUGAUCUACAAUGUCUUCUUCUGUUCCUUUUAAUCAGGCUGAUUGAUUAUAAU